UUGCCGGGUUAGGCUCCGGUUCCCCGUGACCCCGUAUGGGACAAGUGGUUCAGAAAGGGUGCGUGCGUGCAUUUUAGACCACAGUUUUGAAAAAAAAGUUAAACAGGAAAAAUUACUUUUCAAGGCUGCUUUAUGGGUUCAGGGUGCAUAUAAAAAGUAAAAUGGUAUAAAACAGACAAACAUAGGACAAUUAUGGGAGCUCUGUGCUAGGUAUAGACAUGGGUAUACAAUUUUGUCAGUCUGCUAUGAAUAAUAUUUAUUCAACAGACAUCCACUGACAUUUUAAAACUCUUAAAUGCUGAAAUUCUUCAAAAAUGUCCAAACAUACUGUAGUUUGAGAACACAAACCAAACUGACCAAGAUUUUAUCCUUUGCUUCUCUCUUUUACAGGUCCCUGGCAGUUGGUCUCCAACCAUGACAAGGCAUGCGGUCAUACUAUCUGGAUACAUUGUCACCUUCCUGAUUGGCCUGCCAACCAACAUCUUGUCACUGUGCGCCUUCUCCAUCAAAGUACACAGCAAGCCCAUGCCCACCGAUAUCCUACUGCUCAACCUCACUGUGUCAGACCUCCUCUUUCUCAUUGUCCUGCCGCUAAAGAUGCAUGAGGCAGCUUCAGAAAUGAAAUGGUUGUUCCCCUACUUCCUGUGCCCCAUCACCUCCUUCUUCUUCUUUUCGACCAUCUACACCAGCUCUCUUUUGCUCAUGGCUGUCAGCGUGGACCGCUACCUGGGUGUGGCUUUCCCUGUCCGCUAUAGGCUGAUGCAGAAACCACUGUAUGCUGGGAUAGCCAGUGUCGUCAUCUGGGUUGUCAGUUCUAUUCACUGCAGUUUUGUCUUCAUCACAGAGUAUCUCAUCGCACAGAACACCACUUUGAACACUGAAAUCUGUUACGAUAACUUCUCCGGAGAGCAGCUGAACGUCUUGCUCCCUGUCCGGCUGGAGAUCUCUAUAGUCAUUUUCCUGGCCCCUCUCUUGAUCUGCACCUUUUGUUACCUCAGCUGUAUUCGAAUCCUUUACUCUCAGCCAAGGAUCUGCCAGAAGAAAAAGAAGAAGGCCAUAGGCAUGGCCCUGGGCACCCUACUGGUAUUUGUCAUCUGCUUUCUCCCAUUCAAUGUCUCCCAUGUCCUUGGCUUCCUGGAGGGGAAGAGCCCAGCCUGGAGGUACUACACUCUACUGCUCAGUGCAUUCAACACCUGCCUGGAUCCUUUCAUUUUCUACUUCUCCUCUUCCAUCUUCCAGGACAUGGUUAAACAUUUUCUUUUCAGGGCUCUUGAAUUGUGCUGCAGGAUUUUCAAGACCAAGAACAAACAUGAUGCUCGAAAGUAUUCUCAUUGAAUUAAUAGUUGAUCCAUUGAAUUAUUCAGGGGAAGGGUAAAAUAUAACAUCAGUACAAUGCAUUUAUUUCUCUCUAGAUAUCUAUAUUUCAGUUACCAGUAGUCAGUACCUGACAUCAUUUUAUCCUGUCUUGCAUACUUUUUUAUACUUUUCUGCUUGCUUACUAUAAAUGGUAGAUAUUCAUAUUAGCAUUUCAGUAUUUAUAUCACUUAAAC